UAGAGAAGUAGAGACUAGAGUUGAAAAGAUCUAAUAGUAAUAGUUGAUAGUUGUACUAGGCAGGAGGCAUUGAGGCAACAUAGCAGUUGGUAGUUUUCUCUCUCGCCAGUCGCCACUACCCAGUACCCAGUGCACAAUCUGUACUAUCUAGUAUGCCUGCAGUCUGCGUGUGAGCUGAAGGCUGAAACCGCUUUCCCCGUUAAUUUUCCACAUGAACACUGUAUCUGUAGCCUCAAAUCUGUAGGGUUUUAAUCUGCCCUAGGAAUUAGAAAUUAGGAAUUAGGAAUUAGGAAUUAGGAAUUUAGGAUAGAGUAUUUCGUUGUUCGAAUCCGGGAGAAGCUCAACAACAACUACUCUCUAGUCUCGAAUACUGCCUGACAACAGGAGGAGUACUUGAUACUAACAUAGAGCUAAUCUUCCAGUUCCUUAGUUCUGUCUGGGGAUUUUAAUUUUAAUUUUAAUCUCGGAAACCCUAGUGUUGGGAAUUUUGGAACGAGCAUGAAAUUGAAGGAGUAGGUCGAAAGGAGAGGCUUCAGGCCAUGGAAGGCGAGGAGCAUGACAUUGUGUUGGCUUGUGUAAUAUCGGCUGCUCUUUUUGCCCUUUUCGGUUCUUCAUCCUUCUCCAUUCUCUGGGCCGUCAAUUGGCGCCCCUGGCGUCUUUAUAGUUGGAUCUUUGCCAGAAAAUGGCCAGUUAUAUUCCAAGGACCUCGACUUGGUAUCAUAUGUAGUGCACUCAGUGUAUUUGCUUGGUUCAUUGUUGUAUCUCCUCUUGUGGUAUGUGUUGCAUGGGGAUCCUGGUUACUUGUGAUUUUGGGCCGAGAUAUUAUUGGCCUCGCAGUUAUAAUGGCAGGAAGUGCUUUGCUAUUGGCCUUCUACUCUAUAAUGCUUUGGUGGAGAACACGAUGGCAAAGCUCAAGGGCAGUUGCUUUUCUUCUUCUUUUUGCGGUUGCAUUACUUUGUGCCUAUGAACUCUGUGCUGUGUACGUUACAGCAGGUUCUAGUGCAUCAGAGCGGUAUUCUCCUUCUGGAUUCUUUUUUGGUGUAUCUGCUAUUGCUUUAGCAAUCAACAUGCUCUUCAUUUGCCGAAUGCUAUUCAACGGUAAUGGCUUAGAUGUGGAUGAAUAUGUGAGGAGGGCGUAUAAAUAUGCUUACUCUGACUGUGUUGAGGUUGGUCCAGUGGCUUGCUUGCCAGAACCGCCAGAUCCAAAUGAGCUAUAUCCUCGCCAGUCCAGUAGGGUUUCACAUUCGGGGACCCUUUACCUUGGUUCAUUAUUGGUGCUUCUUGUGUACUCAAUCUUGUAUGGUUUGACAGCAAAGGAGGCACGUUGGUUGGGAGCCAUUACAUCAGCUGCAGUAAUUAUCCUUGAUUGGAAUAUGGGAGCGUGCUUGUUUGGCUUUCAGCUUCUGAAAAGUCCUAUUGCUGCAUUGUUUAUUGCUGGCGCAUCUCGUGUAUUCCUUAUAUGCUUUGGCGUAAAUUACUGGUAUUUGGGACAUUGUAUUAGUUAUUUGGUUAUGGCAUCUGUACUGCUAGGAGCUGCUGUCUGUCGCCAUCUCUUGGUUACAAAUCCUUCAGCUGAAAGAAGAGAUGCCUUACAGAGCACAGUUAUUCGCCUCAGGGAGGGGUUCCGUCGAAAAGAGAGUAAUACUUCAUCCAGUUCUUCUGAAGGAUGUGGUUCAAGUAUGAAGCGCAGUAGCAGUGCUGAAGCUGGUCACCUUGGACAUGGGGUUGAAGUUAUCGGCAGAAUUGGUGGUGGACAUUGCACUAGUGAUGCUGUUGGGUGGAACCAUGCUACUUUGCACCGAACCACGAGCUCUCAUGAGGGCAUGAACAGCGAAAAGAGCAUGGACAGUGGAAGGCCUAGUCUAAUUUUACGUAGUAGUUCGUGUCGUUCUGUUGUUCAAGAUCCUGAUGUUGGUCCAUCCUUUAUUGAGAAGAGUUUAGAUCAUAACUCUGUGGUGGGCUAUUCCAGUGGUGGUCUUGAAAGUCAAGGCUAUGAUUCAAGUACAUCAACAUCAGUUAAUUUCCUUCCAGAUCUUAAUUUAGCUCUUGCAUAUCAAGAGAAACUCAAUGAUCCAAGGGUUGCAGCCUUGCUUAAGAAGAGGGCUAAGCACGGUGAUCGUGAAUUGACUAAUUUAUUGCAGAAUAAAGGUUUGGAUCCAAAUUUUGCGAUGAUGUUGAAGGAGAAAGGUUUGGAUCCAACGAUCCUGGCAUUGCUGCAAAGAAGCAGUUUAGAUGCUGAUAGAGAUCACUGUGAUAACACUGAUAUAACAAUCAUUGACUCAAAUAGUGCUGACAACGCUUUACCUAACCAAAUUUCUUUGUCUGAGGAGCUGAGGCUUCGUGGUUUAGAAAAGUGGCUGCAAUUUUCAAGAUUGCUUUGGCACUAUGCAGCCGGUACUCCAGAAAGGGCAUUGGUCCUGUUUAGCUUCGUCUUCAUUAUAGAAACGGUGGCUGUUGCUUUUAUUCGUCCAAGAGUGAUUAGAAUUGUGAAUGCCACUCAUCAGCAGUUUGAGUUUGGAAUAUGCGUGCUGCUUUUAUCACCUGUCAUUUGCUUGAUUAUGGCCUACUUGCGGUCUCUACAAGCAGAAGAUUUGGGCGUGUCAUCUAAACCUAGAAAGUAUGGUUUCUUUGCAUGGCUGCUGAGCACUUGUGUUGGACUACUACUUUCCUUCUUGAGUAAAUCAUCUGUUCUUCUUGGCUUGUCAUUGACUGUGCCUCUCAUGGUGGCAUGCCUUUCGAUUGCUAUUCCCUUGUGGAUUCGCAAUGGCUACAAUUUCUGGGCCGUGCAAGACAAUAUAGAUAGCCGAACUGGAAAUCAUCAAGGGCUCGGAAGAAUAGAGGGCAUUGCUUUUCUCAUCUGUGUUGCGGUGUUUGUUGGAUCUGUGAUAUCUCUCGGUGUCCUCGUAUCUUUUAAGCCAUUAGAAGAGUUGUCAUAUAAGGGGUGGAAUGGAGUUGGGAAAAGCUAUGUAUCGCCUUAUGCAUCUCCUGUUUAUCUUGGCUGGGCAAUGGCUGCUGUGAUUGCUCUAUUUGUCACUGGUGUGUUGCCGGUGAUAUCUUGGUUCGCAACUUAUCGGUUCUCUAUUUUUUCUGCAGUAUGUUUGGUAUUGUUUGCUGUUGUCCUCGUGACAUUUUGUGGUGUGUCAUAUGUGGAGAUAACAAGUUCUAGGAUUGGUCACAUUCCAACGAAUGGCGAUUUUCUUGCUGCUUUGCUUCCCUUGUUGUGUAUUCCAGCAAUUUUAUCCUUGUGUACUGGUCUGCACAAAUGGAGAGAUGACGAAUGGAGAUUUUCUCGCGUUGUCUACAUUUUUAUCGCCAUUGGUCUUCUUCUGUUGCUCUGUGCUAUAUCAGCUGUUAUAGUUAUUGUCAAGCCAUGGACGGUGGGGGUGGCAUUUCUUUUGGUCCUACUAUUAAUCGUGCUGGCUAUUGGUGCCAUACACCUCUGGGCUUCAAAUAAUUUCUACUUGACCCGAGCACAAACGCUCUUUGUUUGUUUUCUUGCGUUUCUUUUAGCUGUGGCAGCAUUUAUGGUUGGAUGGUUUGAAGACAAACCCUUUGUAGGAGCAUCAGUUGGGUAUUUUUCAUUCUUGUUCCUCGUUGCGGGUAGAGCAUUGACUGUUCUUCUUUCACCUCCAAUUGUUGUCUAUUCACCAAGGGUGCUUCCUGUAUAUGUAUACGAUGCUCAUGCAGAUUGUGGAAAAAAUGUCAGUGGUGCUUUUCUGAUGCUUUACGGCAUUGCUUUAGCAACGGAGGGAUGGGGUGUUGUUGCCAGUCUGAAUAUUUAUCCGCCAUUUGCUGGUGCUGCUGUCUCAGCAGUUACACUUGUUGUUUCCUUUGGAUUUGCUGUCUCGCGUCCUUGUUUAACUCUUGAGAUGAUGGACGAUGCUGUUCAUUUUCUCAGUAAGGGAACUGUCAUUCAGGCAAUUGCAAGAUCUGCAACAAAGACCCGAAAUGCUAUAUCGGGAACUUACUCAGCUCCGCAAAGGUCUGCUAGUUCAGCUGCACUUUUAGUUGGUGAUCCCACUGUUAUGCGCGAUAGGGCUGGGAAUUUUGUGCUCCCAAGGGCAGAUGUCAUGAAGUUGAGAGAUCGCUUGAGAAAUGAGGAGUUGGCCGGGGGUUCCUUUAUAGCCAGAUUUAUUGGUUGCUUAAGUCUCCAGUGUGAAUCUACUACUGAUAUGGGGCAGAGGGAAUUGUGUGCUCAUGCUCGUAUUUUGGCUUUGGAAGAGGCUAUUGAUACAGAAUGGGUGUGUAUGUGGGAUAAGUUUGGUGGUUAUCUGCUUCUUUUGCUCGGUUUAACUGCAAAGGCAGAGCGUGUACAGGAUGAAGUCCGGUUGCGACUAUUUCUUGAUAGUAUCGGAUGUUCAGAUUUAAGUGCCAAAAAGAUUAAAAAAUGGAUGCCAGAAGAUCGAAGACAGUUUGAACUUAUUCAAGAGAGCUAUCUGAGAGAAAAGGAAAUGGAAGAAGAAGUCUUUUUACAGAGACGUGAAGAAGAGGGGCGUGGCAAGGAGAGGAGGAAGGCCCUUUUGGAGAAAGAGGAGCGCAAAUGGAAGGAGAUAGAGGCUUCUCUUCUAUCGUCUAUCCCUGGUGCUGGAAGUCGGGAUGCUGCUGCAAUGGCUGCUGCAGUACGUGCUGUUGGUGGCGAUUCUGUUCUUGAUGAUUCCUUUGCACGAGAUAGGGUUUCAAAUAUUGCACAUCGUAUACGUGCAGCUCAAUUAGCACGCAGGGCAAUCCAGACUGGAAUUCCUGGUGCUGUCUGUGUUCUUGAUGAUGAGCCUAGAGCAAGAGGCCGACAUUGUGGACGGGUGGAACCAAGUGUGUGCCACAGUCAGAAAGUUACCUUUUCUGUUGUGGUGAUGAUACAGCCAGAUUCUGGGCCAGUUUGCCUUUUAGGCACAGAAUUUCAGAAAAAACUCUGCUGGGAAUUCUUGGUGGCAGGUUCUGAACAAGGUAUUGAGGCAGGUCAAGUUGGGCUCCGAUUAAUUACAAAAGGUGACAGACAAACAGCUGCGACAAAAGAAUGGAGCAUCAGCGGGACAUGUAUUGCAGAUGGAAGGUGGCAUAUGGUAACAAUGACGCUGGAUGCUGAUGUUGGUGAAGCAACUUGCUUUGUUGAUGGUACUUUUGAUGGCUAUCUGAAUGAGUUACCACUUCGAGUACUGAAUGGUAUUUGGCAGCAAGGGACAGAAGUUUGGAUUGGUGUAAGACCACCCACCGACAUUGACACAUUUGGUAGAUCUGAUAGUGAAGGAGCUGAAUCCAAAAUGCAUGUAAUGGAUGUUUUCCUAUGGGGAAGGUGCUUGAGUGAAGAGGAGGUUUCUUCUCUUCAUGCCAACGUCGGUGUACCUGACUACAAUAUGGUUGAUCGCCUGGAUGAUAAUUGGCAAUGGGCAGAUUCCCCUUUGAGAGUUGAUGAAUGGGAUAGUGAUCCUGCAGAUGUGGAUCUGUAUGACAGGGAUGACGUUGAUUUUGAUGGACAAUACUCUAGUGGGAGAAAAAGGAGAUCUGGACGUGAGAGUGUGGUGCUUGAUGUGGAUUCUUUCUCUAGAAAAUUGAGGAGACCAAAAAUGGAAACAGAUGAGGAGCUAAAUCAGCGGAUGCUAUCAGUUGAAAUGGCUGUUAAAGAGGCGGUUGUUGCCAGAGGAGAAAAACAUUUUACCGACCAAGAAUUUCCUCCAAACAACCAAUCAUUGUUUGUGGAUCCAGGAAAACCCCCUCUGAAGUUACAGGUUGUUUCUGAAUGGAUGAGGCCGAAGGAAAUAGUCAAAGAAGGUCGAGUUGAUUCUCGUCCAUGCUUAUUUUCUGGUUCGGCAAAUCCUUCCGAUGUUUGCCAGGGCCACCUAGGCGAUUGUUGGUUUUUAAGUGCUGUUGCUGUUCUAGCUGAGGUCUCUCGUAUAUCUGAAGUGAUUAUCACUCCAGAAUACAAUGAGGAAGGAAUUUACACCGUCCGCUUCUGUAUUCAGGGUGAAUGGGUGCCUGUUAUUGUUGAUGAUUGGAUUCCAUGCGAAUCACCGGGAAAACCAGCAUUUGCUACAAGUCGGAAGGGAAAUGAACUCUGGGUAUCGGUGUUGGAGAAGGCAUAUGCCAAGUUGCAUGGUUCCUAUGAGGCAUUAGAAGGCGGGCUUGUCCAGGAUGCUCUGGUAGACCUCACUGGGGGAGCUGGAGAAGAAAUUGACAUGAGAAGUGCUCAGGCACAAAUUGAUCUUGCCAGUGGUAGAUUAUGGUCUCAAUUAUUGCGAUUUAAGCAGGAAGGGUUUUUACUAGGUGCUGGAAGCCCCUCUGGUACUGAUGUUCACGUCUCUUGUAGUGGCAUUGUGCAGGGGCAUGCUUACUCAAUAUUGCAGAUUAAAGAAGUUGAUAGUCACAAGCUUGUUCAGAUUCGCAAUCCAUGGGCAAAUGAGGUUGAGUGGAAUGGACCAUGGUCAGACUCAUCACCAGAGUGGACAGAUAGAAUGAAGCAUAAGCUCAAGCAUGUUCCGCAGUCAAAAGAAGGUAUAUUCUGGAUGUCCUGGCAAGACUUUCAGAUCCAUUUUCGAUCUAUAUAUGUCUGCCGUGUCUACCCUCCAGAGAUGCGCUAUUCAGUUCAUGGGCAAUGGCGAGGAUAUAGUGCUGGUGGUUGUCAAGAUUAUGAUACCUGGCAUCAAAAUCCCCAAUUCCGCUUGAGGGCAGCUGGAGCAGAUGCAUCAGCUCCGAUACACGUGUUUAUAACUCUGACACAGGGUGUGAGUUUCUCUCAAACUGCGGCUGGUGUCAGGAAUUAUCAGUCCAGUCAUAAUUCAACAAUGUUCUAUAUAGGAAUAAGAAUACUCAAAACUCUUGGCCGACGAGCAGGCGUUAAUAUCUACUUGCAUGAAUCUCUUGGCGGUACUGAUUAUGUUAAUUCUCGAGAGAUAUCAUGCGAAAUGGUCUUGGAACCAGAUCCAAAAGGUUAUACCAUAGUGCCUACAACAAUUGUCCCUGGAGAAGAAGCACCAUUUGUUCUCUCUGUUUUUACAAAAGCAUCAAUAACACUGGAACCUUUGUAGUUCAUGAACUGAUUUUAUGCUAGUGUUGAUAAAUGCGAUUUGGUUGGCCUCCGAGCUUGCCUCUGAGCUGGGACCCUUUGCUCAGGCAUGCUGAGCAGGCUGUUCAAUUGAAUUGCAGUGAAUUGUGGAUAAACACGGAUCAGCUGUUGUGCUAGCAUCGCCAUACAAUUCUACUUCUAUCAGCUAAGGUUUGCUAUUUGUAUGUGGCAAACAGUCUGCCAAUGCUGAGAUGCAAUGUGUGGGUUGUUCAUACUGCCUAGUUACUGCUGCUGCUAGUACAGGGAGCCUUCUUGAAGAUUGAUAUGUACAUGAGUUCUUGUAAAUGAAGCGAUGUAAGAGUAAAUAGGAAGUCGAUAAACUGUAAGUAGACUUCAUUUUUCUAAAGCACUACAGAAGCAUUGUGGCUUUAGGGGGUAUUUUGGGCCUGCUGCAGCACAUUAGCUUAUUCAUUGUUUAUAGUUGAUAGUCAGCUGCAGUUCUGAUGCUUAUUCAUUGUCCAUAGCCAUUUUUGUACAAAUUUCAUUCUUUUAUCUUAAUAUCAGUAAUAUUUGCAAAGAA